CUUCCUUUCUUCUUCUUCUUCUGAGCUUCGCAUCCUGCCGAACAUCACUCACCGUCAUAAUCUUCAUGGAGAAUGAGCAACUGAACGGUGUUUCCUACCUCCCCACCCAAGAACAGGCUUGUAAUGGUGCGAAGGGAAUAGAGUAUGGAAUGUCGGGCUUGAGCUUGACGGUGUCCGACAAUCAUGGUCUUUGUGCGAUCUGCUUGGAGAAGAUAGCACUUCAGGAGACUGCUCUUGUAAAAGGUUGCGAGCAUGCUUACUGUGUGACGUGCAUCCUUAGGUGGGCAACAUACAAUCAGAACCCUUUGUGCCCACAAUGCAAGUGUCCAUUUGAGUUUCUCAAUGUUCACCGUUCUCUUGAUGGCAGAAUCCAUGACUAUAUGUUUGAGGAGAGUGUUUGCCUUCUUCUUAGAGCGACAUGGUUCAUGCCAUUGAAGGUAGAGGCUCAAGAAGAGGUUUAUGAUGAAUUGGAACAUAUUUAUCAAUACGAGGAGGAUGAGGAUGAAGAUAUAGAAGAAGUUUAUUAUACCAGUUCAAAUCUUCGGAUUGGUAACCGUAGGUGGGGAGACAAUGGCUUUGUUAGGGGAGGGAGGAAAGAAGCAAGGCCUGUCCAUCGAGAAUUCCAAGACAAUGAUGCUGGUCCAUCACGUGGUCCGAAGAAUAAAGAGGUAGCUAGGGAUUCAACUGGGCGUCGAGCAAAGAGGGCGCUUAAGCGUGAAGCUGCAGAUAAAGCAGCAGCUGCAAAGCAUCAAGAGCGCUUAAUAAGGUUGGGACGCAAGUGAUGCAAGCAAACUAACUAAUGUUUAAACAAUAUUUCAUUGUACAGGAUUUCCCUUAGAUUAGCUUUGUGAAAUAAUGACCAGAUAGAUAGUUUAGUACCUUGGUUUAAGUAGAAUCCACUUUCCUAAACUUUGAUGUAUUGUUGAAUUUAAGUUCCUGUA